UUCAUCAUCAUGCACAACAAUAAAACAUUUGCCUGUUGUUGUGCAACUCUCUUGGUGGUGCUAUUGAGCAUUUUGAUGAUCUCAUCGAGGGAUGCUCUCGUAUUUGGAAAGUUUAUCAUCAACAACAAAAAAGUAAUGCCAACCAUUACUUUUGAAGAGUUGAAAAAGUUAUUGCCAAAGGAAGAUUUGAGCAAGUUGAAGGCCGAAGCCUUGAUUAAUACAGUAUCUAUUUAUUGUUCAUCAUCAGCAUCAUCAACAAGUAAAUAUUAUUUGAAGGAAACAUCGACAUCAUUUACCUAUACAUUUGGUAAUUAUGAUUUUGAUAAAGCCAUCGCUGUUGGUAUUCUCUAUGAUGGUUAUUCACCAGUUUUGAAUAAUCAAACUGAUGCUGUUGAUGGUUGGAUGCGUUUGUGGGUCUCUACCUUCACCAAUGUUAAUAGAGAAUCAAGUGGUGUUGAUGCUUGUUAUAAAUCGGAAAUUAACAGACAAUAUGCUGCUGGUAUGGUUGAAGGUUUAUUGACACAACCACAAAUUUACAACUUUUUCCAAAAUCAAUAUAGUAAUUGGAAGUUUGCAAAGAAUAAUGUGGAUUUGAAGGCCAAGUUUGGUGACAAUAAUGAAUGGGUCAAGUCACACGAAAGAUUCAGGUCAUCUCAACAACAAGGAAGAAAUAGUUCUAAUUAUUAUUUCCCAUCUGCAUUGGUUGCCUACAUGCAAGACAAUUACAAUUGGUUGAAUCAACAAGUUGCUUCCAAUCCAACAUCUAAUUAUUGGAAACAAGUUGGUGGAACUUUGACUCAAUUCAAUGGUCUUGUUCAAGGUUAUACUAUUCGUGCCGAACAAGAAAAGAAUGAAGUUUAUGGAAGUUUGAAUUGGUUGGAUUUAUACUUUUUACAAGCUGCAGGUGAUAUGGAAACUUUGGAAACAGCUAUUAAGGAUCCAUCAACCACUACCAGAUCCAGAAAUAAUAAUAAUAAUAAUGGAAUUGUUCUCCCAGAUGAAGAAACCAUGACUGAUUGUAGUGCUCUCAUUAAGAUUACACCAGAUUGCCUUAACCUUUUCGCAGGACAUACAACAUGGAGAGGAUACAACAUUAUCAACAAGAUGUACAAGGUCUAUAGUUUAUUGUUGAACAAUGUUGCCUCAAAGACUGUAUCAUUUGCUUCAUCUCCAAGCUUUUUGAGUAGUAAGGAUGAUUUCUAUGUCACUGAAAAUGGUCUCGUCACUAUGGAAACAACCAAUGAUGUUUUCAAUGAAACCCUCUUCCAAUAUAUUACACCAAAGAGUGUCUUGUGUUGGGUUCGUUCCAUUGUUGCCAACAGACUUGCUACAACCUCUAAGGAAUGGGUCUACUAUUUUGGACUCUACAAUUCUGGUACUUAUAACAAUCAAUGGAUGGCUUUGGAUUACAAGAACUUUAAACCUGGAGUAUGUCAUUUGCCAAAGGAUUCUUUCUGGAUUUUGGAACAAAUUCCUGGAUCCGUCAUGACUAGAGAUGUUACUGAUGUUUUGAAUAAGCAAUCCUUCUGGAGCUCUUUUAAUAUUCCUUAUUUUGAACAUAUUUAUAACAUUUCAGGAUAUCAACAAGCCAAGCAAAAGUUUGGUAAUGAUUAUGAUUAUAAUUUGUGUUCUAGAGCUCUCAUUUUCAAGAGAGAACAAGCCAAGAUUGGAGCUGAUAGAUCUAAACCAGUUGAUUAUAAGGAUUUCGGUAGAGUUUUACAAUUCAAUGAAUGGAAGACUGAUCCAUACAGUUUAGGCGAUCCUAGCAAAGCUGUCUCAUCUAGAUAUGAUUUGAGAGAUCUAAGAUUCGCUGCCUUUGGUGGUAUUGAUACUAAGGUUACUGACUAUGUCAAGAAUUUGAAACACACUUCCAUGUGGGGUAUUUGUGGUCCUACCCAUCAAGACGAAUCUCAAACUCCACCAUUCACUUGGACUGAUAAAUUCAAGGCCACCCAUUUGGGCCAACCUCAAACUUAUAAUUUCGAUUGGGUUGAUUUGGAAGAUGUUGACUCCUUCUAUUCCUCUCUUUCACAAAAAUCUAAAAGAAGAAAUUAAACUGCCAAAAAUCAAUAAAUAUUUAUUGAACCUGU